CAUUUCUUUUUUAGUCCAACAAAAGUGAGAGAAAGAAAGAGGAAGAUUCCAUGCAGUGGAUCUCCACUCUUGUAAUUGUAAAAAAGUGUUAUUAUAUUAUAAGUUGAAGUCAAAUGUGUAGCCUUUUCAGUAUCCAGUCACUUGCUGGAUCUUGAUUUUCCCAGAAAGGCUUGUACUUUGAAGAAGGUGGUUAAGAAAUGGAAGUAGUAUUCAGGGAAGGAAGGUCAUUGGAGGAAACACCAACAUGGUCAGUGGCAACAGUCACCACAGUUAUGGUAUUUGUUUGCUUGUUUGUCCAACGCUCCAUUUACCGAUUUGGAAGGUGGUUGAAAAAGACUAGAAGAAAAGCUCUUUUUGCUUCUGUGGAGAAGAUAAAGGAAGAGUUGAUGCUGCUUGGGCUAAUUUCUUUGUUGUUGGGACAAUGCGCAAGGCAGAUUUCUCAAAUUUGUGUGAAUUCAUCACUUUUUAGCAGUAGAUUCUACCUUUGUUCUCAAGAAGAUUAUGACAGUACGAGUGAGACAAACCAUUUGUCAAGGUCCUCCAUUCUCUCUAAUCAUACUGAUAUUCCUCCCAAGGGAAUUUAUCAACCACCACAUCAAUGUGGUGAGGGACGUGAACCUUUUGUCUCCUAUGAAGGUCUCGAGCAGCUUCACCGGUUCCUGUUUGUUCUUGGUAUCACCCAUGUUCUCUACAGUUGUAUUGUUGUGGGCUUGGCCAUGACCAAGAUAUACAGUUGGAGAAAGUGGGAAAACCAAAUCAGCAGUGGGGCAGAGAACAACAUACAAGUACCAAAAAAUAAGGAGAUGAGGCGACAGUCCACCUUUGCUCUGCAUCAUGCUUCUCAUCCAUGGAGUAAGAGUCGAAUUCUUAUAUGGAUGCUUUGCUUUCUAAAGCAGUUCAGGACUUCAAUUCAUAAGUCAGAUUACUUGGCAUUGAGAUUGGGCUUUAUCACUAAUCAUAAGCUUCCACUUACAUACAAUUUCCAUAAGUACAUGGUUCGUAGCAUGGAAGAUGAAUUUUAUGAAAUUGUAGGGAUCAGCUGGCUACUUUGGGGUUAUGCCAUCAUAUGCAUCUUCAUCAACAUUCAUGGUCUUAAUAUCUACUUGUGGCUUUCUUUUAUUCCUGCCAUUCUUGUCAUGGUGGUUGGAACAAAACUACAGCAUGUAGUCUCCUUGUUGGCACUCGAAAUUGCAGAGCCAAAGGGUCCACUUAUUGGAACACAAGUAAAGCCACGCGAUGAAUUAUUUUGGUUUGGGAAACCGAAGAUACUAUUACGAUUGAUACAGUUUAUAUCUUUUCAGAAUGCUUUUGAAUUGGCAACAUUUAUCUGGUCCUUGUGGGGAUUGGAGCAACGGGCGUGCUUCAUGAAGAACCAUGCAAUGGUUGUCAUCAGAUUGAUUUCAGGGGUUGUUGUGCAGUUCUGGUGAAGCCACGGCACUGUUCCUUUAAACGUGAUUAUCUCACAGAUGGGUUCGCGGUGUGGAAAGGCUCUAGUAGCUGAAAGUGUUCGAGACUCACUUCACAGUUGGUGCAAAAGAGUAAAGGACAAGUCGAAGCGAGAUGCGAUACGCUCUAUCACUACAAGAUCGACAUGUUCCCUUGGAUCAACAAUUGAUGAGGGGGAUGAGAUAGCAACAGUAACUUUAUCUCCAUGUUCCUCUAGAGGCUCAUUUCACCACCUAGAUGAGAAUGUUGUCUCAAAUGAAGAUUGCAUUGUUGAAACUUCAAACCAACCAGAACAUGAACUUUCCUUCAGAAACAGGGAAUAUUCAUCCGAUACAGAGGAGAUCGUGGAUGAUGAGAGGCAUUCAUCUGAACCUCUGGUUACUGAUAUAGAAGAGAUUGUAGAUAAUGAUGAUGCAGGCAAGCUGGAAACACUCUUCGAGCUGUUUCAGAAGACAUGAUUUUUUCUCGUGCUACACAAGUAUUUAUUCUGUACAAUACACUACAUUAGCUGAGUAGACGCAGAGCAAUUCGUGCAUGGGAUAAGCCCCUUAAGAGUAUAAAUUGCUGCCUUUGCUAUCUAGACUUGAAGACCACUUCUCUAUGUUUAAGCUAGAUUAGUCUUGUAUUGUGUUACUCAGAAAAUGAACAUAUAUUAUUUGUAAAGGAACAGUCUGAUGAAUAUAUGCCUAAUUUUACAUGGGAAUUUCCAGUUUAUAACAUUAGACCUUUAAGAUGUUUUUGUUUUACGCCCCAUGACUCUUUUCCACCCAGGAUUGGGCAGGAUGACAGAGCAAGUAUUAGUAGCAUAAUGAAAAUGCUUUAUUAUCUUUGCUCGCAACAA